AUGGAAUGGGAAACAGAUAUAUGUAGAAUUAAACUUUGUCCAUGUAUAAGUAAUAUAAAUUUGGGUAGAAAUGUAGUACAAAGUCUCAAGGAUACUAAAGCUAAUUUAAUUUUGUGCAGUGAUACUAGUAAUGACAAGGAAAAUUACUUAGAAAAUCGAAAUAUUUGCAAAAUGAAUAUUCCUUAUUGUGAAUUAUAUCCCAAAUUCCUCUAUAUUCCACAUUUAUGGAAAAUAAAAAGUCAUAAUAAAGAUUUAGAUAGAGAUAUUCACUAUAAUAUAUCUAAAAUUGUUAUAUUAUUUGUCACAAUACAAAUAUAUGACCAAAUAUCCAAUUUAAAUACUAAUCAUAACAUAAAAUCUAGUAAAUUUGGUCACCCUGUUGUUGAUUGUGUUUAUGAAGAGAUUCAAUUACACAUGAGCUCAAAUUAUAAAGUAGAUUCUCAAGAUCAAACUCGUUGUAUAGUAAUAUGGAUUGGAAUAAGAGAUUGUUUGUCUCAAGAGGCAUUGUUAAGAGAAAGUUCUAAUCAUUUAGCAAACUUCCAAAAUAAUGAUUCAUUAAACUUUUCUGGGCAAACUAGUUUAGAUAUGGCAAUUACAUAUUUACUAAUACAUUUAUCAAGUGACAGUAUUGAAGUCAGAAAUGAAGCAGAUGUAACUGUAUAUCUGUAUAGCAUUAUAUCUAGUAUUGGUGAAGCACAAAAACGUCCAGUUCCAUCGAAAUAUAAACCGAAAAGUAAUAAUUCAACUGCAGCUGAUAGUAUUUGGGUAUCACAACUAAUUCAAAUACCUGGGUUAUCAGAUGAAUCUGCAAAGGCUAUUGCUGAUAAAUUUCCUAAUCCAUCAAAAUUAAUUCAGUUUAUUAAUGAAGAUGGGAAUGAUUUUCAGAAUUUAAGUAAUAAACGAAAGCACAUCGAUAAUAUAUUUGAAAUAAUGGGUUCUAAGAAAAGCUGCCAUAAAGAGCCAGAAUGGCUGAUUACACUUGCAAAUUUAACAUAUCUAUCUUCUAAUGGAAUAGGCUUAAGGAAGCUUGGGAGGUCCCGCGCUAAAAAGCUUGCUAUAAUGUAUAGCAGAAAUGCCUUACCAGAUGAUAUACUAUCCAAUAAUACUAAGAAUUCACAUUAA